AUGGCCACUUCGAAGUGUCCGACAUCGAACCCGAUUUAUGCACGCAUUAUAUCUAUGCAUUUCGUUGUCGGACAUCACGCUCCAAUGGUUGCUGCCAAAUAUCAAGCACAUAAUGCUACCUUAUUGCAGAACAAUAUAGAAGCGUCUAUCAAGUUCUGGCUGAAAAGUGGUGCUCCUGCUUCGAAAUUGGUACUUGGAUUGCCUCUUUAUGGAAGGACAUUCACAUUGGCCGUUACUUCAAAGACUACACCCGGAAGUCCAUCAGCUGGUCCAGGACUUGCCGGUCCCUACACGGGCGGCGCUGGUAGCCUUGGUUACAAUGAGUUGUGCGAAAAACAAUUAAGUGGAAACUGGACCACUGUCUGGUAUGAAGAACAGAAAGUGCCUUAUGCGUACAGUGGAGAUCAGUGGAUAGGAUUCGAUAAUGAAAAAAGUUUAGCGAUAAAAAUAAAAUACGCUAAGAAGCUUGGACUCGCUGGCAUAAUGUUCUGGAGCAUAGAAACUGAUGACUUCAGGGGAAAUUGUGGCUGCGGCCCUUAUCCACUUCUUAAGGCUUCUAGGAGAGCACUCCAUUCUACCCCGAAUUCACGAGAUGUACAAGAAAAUGUACCAGAUGUACAAGAUUAA